AUGGCUUCUUGCAGCAGUACUCAGAGUAACCACUCAGGUCGUGGUAAUCGGGGUGUUCGUACAUGUGGAGGUAGGGGCAACAGUUCAAGACAGCAGGUUACUGGUAUGUUAUUCGCCUUUGAUCAUUGGGUGCAUGUUUUAAUUGAUCUGGGGGCAACAUUUUCAUUUAUAUCCUCACAGUUAGCACGGGCCGUGAACUCACAACCUUCUGAGAUUGGUUUUAAUAAGCUUAUACAGUUACUUCAUGGAGAAAUAUUUUAUGCUCAGUCAGAGUUAAGAAAUUGUCCAGUCUACUUAGAAGGUGUACUUAAGAAGGCAACUCUGGUUCCCUUUAAUUUGGUAGAGUUCAAUCUUAUUCUAGGGAUGAACUGGCUAUCCAAUCAUGAUGUGAAUGUAAGUUGUAGGAGUAAAUUGGUGACUUUUUCUCAACCUGGACAACCUAAUGUUGUGUUUCAGGGAGAGCUAAGAAUUCUUCCAAAUAGUAUUAUUUUUGCCCCCAAGCUCAACCAGGUGACCAUAAAUAACCGUUAUCCAUUGCCUCGUAUUGACGACCUGUUUGACCAGUUAAGGGGUACCUGUGUAUUCUCCAAGAUUGAUCUUCGUUCGAGCUAUCAUCAACUACUGAUUCGGAGGAAAGAUGUUUCGAAUAUUACUUUUCAUUCUCGAUAUGGGGAUUACGAGUUCUGA